AUGGUCGACUGGAAAGACCCAGAGGUGAUCACGUACGACUUCUUCCUCUACGAGCAGAUCGCCGUCUUCCUCCUCGGCUUCUACGGGUGCGUCCUUCGCUUCACCGUCUUCCUGCUUACGCGUGCGCGCGUCUCUUUUGAGUUUGACUUUGCGUUAGAGAGUGCAACACAGUUCUUGAGCACCUGGAACGUCGAAUGGGACCUCAUCACCCGCAGACGUGUUUUCAAGGUGGUGCACAUCCCAUACCUCCUCGCGCGAUACAUCACCCUGUCCGCGCUACUGUUCUUUGUGAUCUCAGGGCGCGUCAAGCUCAAAAUAGCGUGUGACGUCGCGUACAGGAUUUUCGCGAUUCUAGGCAGCCUCGCGAGCAUGCUUGCGAGCCUCAUCAUCUGCUCCAGGCCAAUCACGAUAUUCCGGACGCUCAAGAUGCGCACGCCGCUGUAUCUCCUCGGGAUAGGAGGGCUCGGCCAGCUAUUUCUAGUGAUCUCACAGGGCAUCUGGAGCGUCCGCGCACGCUGGGACCCCGCCUCGCACGGCUGUGCGGUCGUCGCCUGGCACAGCACCUUCCUCGGGAUCCAGUACCUCUACAGCGCGCCAUCUGUAUACGACGCAGCGAUCUUGCUCGCGACGCUGUGGGCCGUCCGGCGCGUGCACGACGGGCGGCGCUGGGGCUUGGGCGACGCGUUGCGCGUGCAGGGCCUGUGCUACCUUGUCGUGACGUGUGUCGCAAAUGUCCCCGUCGCGGUUCUCGCGUUCCUGGACCUCAACACGGCGAUGGACGUGUUGCUCUCGAUGCCCGCUAUGACGAUCAGCGUGAUAGCGUCCUCGCUCGCCUUGCUCAGCCUGAAAGACGACGAGCUCGACCCCGGACCCGUGCCAGUGUAUCUCCCCGCCACGCCUGGCGCAGGGCCCUCCGCACAGUCCGUCUCCGGCUCCGAAUCAGGCCACGGGCACUACGAGUCGGCUGCGGGACGACUCACGACGCGCAUCCAUCUACACUCGUACGUACCCCCGUUUCUGCCCAGGACAGCAGGCCCUGAGCGCGCGUUGCUCGCUACGUCCGGCCAGGUUGGGACUUGGCACACCGGGCGAGAGUGA